AUGGCUCCCAUCCGUCGAUACCUCAGAAUCAGCAAGUAUACUAUCCUCGAAUGUCGGAUCUACCUAGAAAACCCAUCAGACACGCGAUGGCUCCUCGACAGCCGGGAUCCCGUCCUCCCCCGAAUAUUCGGUGCUAUUCGCCCGCUAGUUCUACCUAAAUUACGCGAGGAGAACGAGAGGCUCUUUGCUCGGAAGAAAGGGAAACCAGUGAAAGACGUGAUAGCUGAAGAGGACUUUGAGGUUUCGUUAUUCCUCCGCGAAUCCCGAACACGCCACUCACUCCUCACGCGACACAAGGAGUUCGACGAACCCGAUAACGCAUCGAGCAGAAAAGAAGGAGCACAAAAUCCACCCCGACCUGCGGAAAGUUCAAGCGGAGUUGCCGAUGCUGGUAUCUUAGUUGAGAGUGAUAGCGAAUCUAAUAUCGAUCUACGCGAUAUCCCUCAAGCCACUGCGGAGGAGAACGAUAAAAAGGGCAAACGUCAUCGAGAUGCAGAUGAAGCAGUUGACACCACAGCUAAUUCCCGCGCCUCGAAACGUCGAAAGGAUGAGGAACCAGAUGAUAAGAAAUUGCGCUUCAGGAUGAACUAUGAAGGGUUCAACAUCUACGGAUGGACGCUCUGCCUACUUGUUACACGCAAAGGGGACAAAGUCAGAGCAAACACAGGAUCUUCGGAGCCCACGCGCCAGGCUCUAAUGGAGGAGUGGAUGUCCACACAAGCCCAGGGGGAUGUGGAUGAAGAGCAAGAUGUUAGUUGA